AUGACCGCCUCCAACUGGACGCUGGUGAUGGAGGGCGAGUGGAUGCUAAAAUUUUAUGCUCCGUGGUGUCCUUCCUGCCAGCAGACUGAUUCAGAAUGGGAGACUUUUGCAAAGAAUGGUGAAUCACUUCAAAUCAGUGUGGGGAAGGUAGAUGUCAUUCAGGAACCAGGUUUGAGUGGCCGCUUCUUUGUCACCACUCUACCAGCAUUUUUUCAUGCAAAGGAUGGGAUAUUCCGCCGUUACCGUGGCCCAGGAAUCUUUGAGGACCUGCAGAAUUAUAUCUUAGAGAAGAAAUGGCAAUCAGUGGAGCCUCUGACUGGCUGGAAGUCUCCAGCUUCUCUAACGAUGUCUGGAAUGGCUGGUCUUUUUAGCAUCUCUGGCAAGAUAUGGCAUCUUCACAAUUAUUUCACAGUGACCCUCGGAAUUCCUGCUUGGUGUUCAUAUGUCUUUUUCGUCGUAGCUACCUUGGUUUUCGGCCUUUUCAUGGGUCUGGUUCUGGUGGUCAUAUCAGAAUGUUUCUAUGUGCCACUUCCAAGGCAUUUACUGGAACGUUCUGAGCAGAAUCAGUCAGAUGAGGCUCAAAGGGCUGAACAGUUACAGGAUGCAGAGGAGGAGAAAGAUGAUUCAAAUGAAGAAGAAAACAAGGACAGCCUUGUAGAUGACGAAGAAGAGAAAGAAGACCUUGGUGAUGAGGAUGACGUGGAGGAGGAGGAGGAGGAGGACACCCCGGCCUCUGGAGUGGAGGAGGAGAAGUGUGAUGUCAAGGACCAGGGACCCCCACGAGAGGGCAGUGAGGACCAGGGGCAAGUAGACCCCGAGGAGACGGAAGAAGAAGGCCGGGAGCAGCCCUCUGCCCCCAACACCGAGCAGGGAGAGGACUCACUGAGGCAGCGCAAAAGUCAGCGUGCUGAGAAGGGGCCGUAGGUUAGCGACACUGUUUCCAAGAGUGCAGACCAAAAGAAUCUGUCAGCUUCCCUCUGGUCUGCAGUUUAAACUGAACCCUUACUUUUUUCUAAAUAAGCAAGCUUCUCUCCUGAAACAUUAUCUCUAGUCAUGUGGUCUCGUGGCAGUAAGCCUCACGUAUACUGAGGA